UCCCCCUCAAGAUGUGGCAAGACUCUUCAACCAUGAUUUCUUGAGACAGAGAAAGAAAAGAGGGAUGGUAAUGUGGAAAGCAACAACGACAGCAAUUUGUUGGGUAAUAUGGGAAGAGAGAAACAACAGAAUCUUCCUGGAAAAAAGUAGAACAGUAGAGGAAGUGAUUAAUAAUAUCAAAGUGAAAGUAGCCCAUUGGGUAAAACUCUUGGAUUGCUUUCAAGUCUUCUCAGUUGAAGAUAUUCUAAGAACAUGGUCCGAAGUAGCACAAUCUUCGAGUGUAAGAGAUAAAAUAAGGCCGGAGUGGAAACCACCUGAAGGCCAUAAAGUAAAGCUGAAUUUUGACGGGUGCUCAUAUGGAAAUCCAGGCAUCUCGGGAAUAGGAGGAAUGUUAAGAAACCUUGACAGGAGGAUAUUGGGUAUGUUCUCAGGGCUGAUUGGCAACGGAAACUUGCUGAAGGCUGAGCUACUGGCAUUAUUACAAGGGUUAAAGCUAGCCAAACAACUAGGAUGCAGACAUGUUGAAGUGGAAGGGGAUUCAAAAGUAGUAGUUUCAUGGGCAACAAAUAGCAGCCACACCCCAUGGACGWUUAARCAUGUGAUUAGGGAAGUGGAGAAGAUUGYCAAGGAGGUUGAGGCUGAAUUUAAAUGGGUCCAUAGAAGUGCAAAUGGGCUAGCUGAUGGAUUAGCAAAACAAGGGGCAUUGAGACAACAAUUAUUUUGGGCUACAUUGUAAUGAGGGAUAAAUAGAGUGAGGAAAAGGGAUCAACA